AGUUGCAUCUUACACUGAACGCCACGCCACAUCACGCCACACUUUUCUCACUCAAGAACUACUGAACAUCCCUCUUACUUCAAAAUGCUGAGCCGCGUCCUAAAAUCUCAGGCUGCCAUGGUGCUCAAGACUGACGGGAGAAUCUUACUACCAAGAAUAAGAGACAGAGUACCGUUUAAACCUUCCUCACUACGACCCUUGGAUAUUUUGGGGCGGAAUCCUCGCUACUCAGGACAGGAUCUGUCUAUACCUCAAGGAAGACGGAGUAAAUUUUAUGGUUUUGCCGCUGGUGUUGUGUUAGGUGUUCUUGGUUUUGGAUCUCAUCAGAUAAUUGACUCCAAGACGCAUAGCACAGACAAGAGAUGGAGAGAAGUUCUUCGCAGCCUAUCAGGUCCCCGCGUGCUGGCCAAGGGGCCUCCAGCUGAGAGUGAAACUUGUAAAUGUCCGAAUGAAACAUCAAAACCUGAAUGCCCGGAUGAUACCACACCGCCGUCACAACCUCCACCUCCAUGCCCACCCCCGUCAAGACCCCCAACAAGACCUAUAUACGUGGGCGACGUUGAGAAGGGCAAGAAGCUAUUUGUGCAGAGGUGUGCACAGUGCCACACGGUGGAGGCGGGCGGCAAGCACAAGACUGGACCUAAUCUCCACGGUCUUAUUGGGCGCCAGACGGGUCAGGCAUCCGGCUACGUGUACACGGAUGCCAACAAGUCGAAGGGCAUCACGUGGGCCCCUGACACACUCGACGUGUACCUCACCAACCCGAAGAAGUACAUCCCUGGUACCAAGAUGGUCUUUGCUGGACUUAAGAAGAAGAAGGAGAGAGAAGACCUGAUUGCCUACCUCGUGGACUCCACCAAGUAGACGAGAAGAAGCGAGGCGGCAAAAUUUAGUGCUGUCUGUCCUGUAGGCAAAGAAUCUGAUUGUCUGUCCUAGAUAGUUGUCUGUACAUAUGUACAUAUCCCGCCUUGUGGAGGUGGUCCAUCCCUACCCAAACCUUGCCCUUUGGGAAACCUGCAAAUUUGUUUUGUAAUUUAUUUGAUCUUCCCCCUACUCAUGGACCUGAUAUUUUGGAGAUUUUGACAAACUGGAAAACUUUCAUUCCACUAAUUUUAUUUUCAAUAAAUUAAGUGAUGUAC